GCCUGGUGUGACAGGAUGGAUGCUUCUCCUGAGCCCCAACAGAAGGGUGGGACAUUGGUGCUGGUCCGACGGCAGCCCCCUGUGUCCCAGGGCUUGCUGGAAACACUGAAGGCCAGGAUAAAGCAGAGCUGCACCUGCAGUAUGCCAUGUGUUCAGGCUCUAGUGAAGAAUCUGUUUCCUGUCAUAUACUGGCUGCGUCAGUACCGCCCUAAAGAGUACCUGGCAGGUGAUGUUAUGUCUGGUUUGGUUAUUGGCAUUAUCCUGGUGCCACAGGCCAUAGCCUACUCAUUGCUGGCUGGGCUGCAGCCCAUCUAUAGCCUCUAUACUUCUUUCUUUGCCAACCUUAUCUACUUCCUCAUGGGCACCUCACGCCAUGUUAAUGUGGGCAUCUUCAGUCUUCUGUGCCUCAUGGUAGGUCAGGUGGUAGACCGAGAACUCCAGCUGGCUGGUUUUGACCCCUCCCAGGAUUCUCUGGGGCCUAAGGACAAUGACAGCACCCUCAACAACUCAACUACAACACUGGUGUUUGGGCUACAGGACUGUGGACGGGACUGCCAUGCCAUUCGAAUCGCCACUGCCCUCACUCUGGUGACUGGACUUUAUCAGGUCCUCAUGGGUGUCCUGCGGCUGGGAUUUGUGUCUACCUACCUCUCACAACCACUGCUUGAUGGUUUUGCUAUGGGAGCUUCUGUGACCAUCUUGACUUCUCAGGUUAAACACCUGCUGGGUGUGCGGAUCCCUCGGCACCAGGGCCCAGGCAUGGUGGUCUACACAUGGCUGAGCUUGCUGCAGAGUGUGGGACAGGCCAAUAUGUGUGACAUGGUCACCAGUGCCAUGUGCCUAGGAGUGCUGAUAGCAGCUAAGGAGCUCUCAGACCGCUACCGACACUAUCUGAAGGUGCCAGUACCCACAGAGUUGCUAGUCAUUGUGGUGGCCACACUUGUAUCCCACUUUGGACAGCUCCAUACUCGGUUUGGCUCAAGUGUGGCUGGCAACAUUCCCACUGGUUUUGUAGCCCCACAGGUACCAGACCCUAAGAUAAUGUGGCAUGUGGCCCUGGAUGCUAUAUCCCUAGCACUGGUGGGCUCAGCCUUCUCCAUCUCGUUGGCAGAAAUGUUUGCUCGUAGUCAUGGCUACUCUGUUCAUGCUAACCAAGAGCUUCUAGCCGUGGGCUGCUGCAACGUGCUGCCUGCCUUCUUCCACUGUUUUGCCACUAGUGCUGCUCUGUCCAAAACCCUGGUGAAGACAGCCACUGGCUGCCAGACACAGCUGUCCAGUGUGGUCAGUGCUGCUGUGGUGCUGCUGGUGCUGCUGGUGCUGGCUCCAUUGUUUCACGAUUUGCAACGGUGUGUGCUGGCUUGCAUCAUUGUCGUCAGCUUGCGUGGGGCACUGCGCAAGGUGAAGGACCUCCCACAGCUUUGGCGGCUAAGCCCUGCUGAUGCACUAGUCUGGGUGGCUACUGCAGCCACCUGUGUGCUAGUCAGCACUGAAGCUGGACUGCUAGCUGGGGUGUUCUUCUCACUGCUCAGCUUGGCAGGCCGCACACAGCGCCCACGGGCUGCCCUUCUUGCUCGAAUUGGAGAUUCGACCUUCUAUGAAGAUGCUACUGAGUUUGAGGGCCUCCUGCCCCCACCUGAGGUGCGAGUGUUCCGUUUCACAGGCCCACUCUACUAUGCCAACAAGGAUUUCUUCUUGCACUCACUCUACAGCCUCACAGGGCUGGAUGCAGGGCAUUCAGCCACCAGGAAGGAGAAGGGCCGGGGGGUGGAUGUUGAUGGCCAGGAUAUGGGUUCAGUGAGCAGUGGGGCUGGGCUGGUGAUACCCCUGGCAUUUGGUUUCCACACAGUGGUCAUUGACUGUGCACCACUGCUGUUCCUGGAUGUGGCUGGCAUGGCCACACUGAAGGAUCUGCAGAAAAACUACAAAGCCCUGGACAUCACCCUGCUUCUGGCUUGUUGCAGUCCCUCAGUGAGAGACUCAUUGAGGAAAGGGGGCUUCCUUGGGGAAGACCAGGAAGCUGAGGAUGAGCUGCUGUUUCCCAGUGUACACAGUGCUGUGGAGGCUGCGCGUGCCCGCCGUGAGGAGCUAGUGGCUUCUGACUCUGCCUUCUAG